UGCUUUAUAGAUUGAUAUCCACAGAUUUCACAGUACAGGAUUGAAACUCCCCUUCCCAAAAGGAGGAAAAGCCCUCAAGAAUCUUGACAGGCACCACUGAAACACGGAAUAUCCAUUAUGCAAAAAUUCCUGGUGACCUGCUGGAUAGCAAUUCUAUUUAUCCUCCUGCUGACUGAUGACUCCCUUUCUGUAAAAUCAAGGGGCAGCAAGCCCAGUGGCGGCAGCCGGCCCAGUGGCAGCAGCCGGCCCAGCGGUGGCAACAGCCGGCCCAGCGGCGGCAGCAGGCCCAGUGGCGGCAGCAGGCCCAGCGGUGGCAGCAGGCCCAGUGGCGGCAGCAGGCCCAGCGGUGGCAGCAAGCCUGGUUCCUCUUCUCCCAGCAAACCUGGUUCUAGCAAACCAGGCUCUGCUCCAAUCAGACCCGAUUCUGCCCCAAUAAAACCAGGCUCUGCCCCAGUAAAACCUGACUCCCCUGCAGGAAACCCUGUUCAACCUCCAUAUAAUCCUGCUUACCCACAACAUCCUGCUCAUGUGCCACAAAACCCUGCUUACCCACCACAAAACCCUGCUCACAUUCCACAACACCCUGCUCACCCCCCUCAAUAUCCCGCACAAAACCCUGGUUUUCCACAAAACCCUGCUCACCGUCCUCCAUACCCCCCACAAAACCCUGCUUAUCCCCCACAAAACCCUGGUUUUCCACAAAACCCUGCUCACCCUCCUCAAUACCCCCCACAAAACCCUGGUUUCCCACAAAACCCUGCUCACCCUCCUCCAUACCCCCCACAAAACCCUGCUUACCCCCCACAAAACCCUGGUUUUCCACAAAACCCUGCUCACCCUCCUCAAUACCCCCCACAAAACCCUGCUUUCCCUCCACAAAAUCCCAGCUAUCCACAACACCCUGGUCACCCUCCUCAAUAUCCCCCACGAAACCCUGCUUUCCCCCCACAGAAUCCCAGCUAUCCACAACACCCUGGUCACCCUCCUCAAUAUCCCCCACAAAACCCUGCUUUCCCUCCACAAAACCCCAGCUUUCCUCAACACCCUGGUCACCGCCCACAACAGCCUGGUUAUCCCAUAAAUCCGGGUCUCCCCAGUCAUACAGGAGGCGGCAGCUGGGGCCAUUAUGACACCAAGCCAUGGAAACCUAAGAAACCCAAGAUGAAGCAUUUUGCAGGGGCAGCUGUUGCAGGAGCUGCUGUCGGAGCUCUCGGUGGCUACCUCUUAGGCAAUGCCAUGUCCAACUUGCGUUUUCGUUUUCACAAUCCUGCUGAGGAACGGUGGUGGUAUGAAAACCGAGAUCAUUAUCCCGAUCGAGUUUACUACCCACAGUACAACCAGCCGGUUUUGAGGGAUGUAUUUGUGCAAGACUGCAUCAAUAUUACUGUGCGAGAGUAUAUUGAGCCUACUGUGAACCAAACAGCAGAUGAGAUGGAAAAGACAGUUGUGACUCGAGUGGUACAUGAAAUGUGUACGGAACAGUACCGCUUGGUGUCAGGCACUGCAGAUGGAGGUGGUUGGAGACCUUAUGACAGCGAGCCAUGGAGACCUAAGACACCAAAGCUCGAGAUGCCGCAAGUGGUCAACGAAACAGUUACAGGUGCUACAAGAGGAGCAAUUGUUGGCCCCAUCUUAGGCAGUUCCAUGUCAAAUAUGAGUUUUCACUUUAACAACACUGAUGAGGAACACUGGUGGUACGAGAAUCGCAAUAAUUAUUCGGACCGAGUUUACUAUCUGGAGUACAGCCAGCCUGUUUUGCAGGAUGUCUUCGUGAGAGACUGCAUGAAUAUUACACUGGAGAAGUUUAAGGAGCCCACAUGGAAUCAAACAGUCGAUGAAAUGGCAGGCCGGGUUGUGAAACGAGUGGUCCACAAAAUGUGCACAGAACAGUACUGGCUGGUGUCAGGCGCUGCUGGAGGAGGUUCCUGGAGCCAUCCUGAUAGCGAGCCAGGGAACUCGAGGACAACCACGCUUGAGACGCAAUAUGUGCAAGAAGCUGUUGCCUACGCUACUGUUGCAGCUAUCGGCAGCAACCGCUUAGAAAGUGCAGCAUCUCACAACAGCUAUAACAAGGCUGGCCAGGAAACGUUCAGUUCAGGCAUUGCUAUAUUUUUGGCCAACCCUCCCCUGAUCCUGAUCACCACAUUCGCCUUCUGCUUCCUGGCCCACUAAGGUCACACAACAGAUGGUUGUUCCAGCCAAUGUUCAGAAGGAACAAGAUCGAUGUAAUGCAGUUACACAGAGCAUUAUGUAAUGGCUCCUGUUGUAAUGUCUGUAACUCUUUUUUAUGUAGAAUAUAUUCUUGCUUAUGCACUUUUUGGUGGCAUAGCUUUAUGAGCUAUUAUAUCUGUUGAGUAUUAGAGAACAUCCAAAUGUCUGUUUACUCACUCCAUUUAAGGGCUGUCUUUGAUUUUGCACUUACAAAACAAAGAUGCUUGCAAGUAAAGAGGGGAUUCAUUCUAUUAUCAAGGGUGAAAACAGAGAUAAAAAUCUACUGUGUUUCAUCGGUAGUGGGGCCUAUUAUAAUAUAAUUUAAAUAUAAAAGCAUAGUGGCUCCCUCUUGAAACACAAAUACUUUCCAAGUCAGCCCUGAAUACAACAAAAAGCCAUUUUUAUAAUACUAUAUGCCCUUUCACUAUUUAAGGUAGCUGAUGUGGUUACAGAGUCAGGGUAGACCUUGCUAGAAAAAGAAAUCCUGCCCUCAAGUCACAGCUGACAUGGCAACCCCUGGCAGGGUUUUAAUGGCAAGAGACUAACAAAGGUGAUUUUUGCCAUUGGCUGCUUCUGCAACCCUGGUCUUCACUGGAGGUCUCCCAUCCAAUUACUAACCAAGGCUGAGCCUGCUUAGCUUCUGAGAUCAGGCUAUCCUAAGCUAUCCAGGUCAGGACUUAGAGUGCCAGGCCCAAAUUCCCACUCAGUGCCUCUGGCUAGAGACUUUGAAUUAGAUAUUUUAUCUCACCUUAACCUAUCUCAUAGGAUUGUUGUGCUAAUUAAAUGGAGAUGAGGAGAAGCCAUGUAUUCUGAGCUUUUAGAAAUGGCUGGAUAGAAAUGUGACAGACGGAAAGGAUAUCCAAAUCUCAGUCAGCUUCACUGUCUUCCGACAUAGCAUAUAUGUGGGAGGAGAAAUGAAAAUAAUAGGCAUUUUGAUGCUCUUAACAUGAAAGACUGGAAAUGUUCACCUGUCAGCUGCAGAGAAAUGCAUGAACUAGCCCCACACAGAAAACAUACAUCUUUCCAUAGUUCUUCUCUCCGAUAUUCUUUUCAUUGAAAGACACCCCAGUUAAAUAUCUUAGCGUAUAGAUUACUCAGGAAUGAGAGAUGGCCAUUCAGGAGAAAGUGCCAAGGGACAUUGUUAGACCUUUCUAAAUGGACUGUGCUAAAAAUGUUAUGAGUGGGACGAAUGUCCAUCGUUAAGAUGAAUAUAUUACUCAGGAUGUUAUUUUAUUGAAAAGCCAAAUGUACGUCUCCUUCCCCUGUUCCCUAUUCACCAUCUUUGCAUUGUGGCAGAAUGAAGUGAAAGACACUGGGCUACGAAUGAACUAAAUAAAGAUAUAAACCUAA